AUGUUAGGCUUCAGCUCACCUGUGACCCUAAGGAGGACAACUUCUGAAUCAGCGACCCUGUGUUCUAGAUGGACGAUUAGUGGAACGCUGGCCCCUCAUGUCCAGUGGCAAGUCAUGGUCUACCUGAGUGACAGUUUGUUAGAUGGAGGCUUUGCUGGCGGCGCACUCAUAUCCAACCUUUGGGUUUUGACAACUGGAAGGAAUCUGUUUGUCAAAAACAGUCGGCAGGACAUUCGUGGAAAAAAUCUCAUCAUGCCUAAAGUGCAUCUUGGAAUUUCACAUAAAGAGGAAGCUCCAAAGAGCUCAUAUAUUACUGUUGUGCAGGUUAUUGUCCACCCAGGUUUCCAAAACCAAUCUGACUGGGACAGCGAUUUAGCAUUGAUCCAACUGAAGGAACCUGUAGUUAUUAGCCGGAUGGUGACCCCCAUCCCUCUGCCAAGGAGUGACCAGAGCGUGUGUGCCACCCAAGGUGCUACAGGGGUCAUGACGGGAUGGGGCUAUGGUUACCACUUCACAACAGCCGCCUCACUAAAGCACCUGCUGCUUCUUCUGGCACCUCAUACCGAUUGCAAAGCAGAAUAUGAAAAUACAGACUACACGCCGACUUUGGAUGAAAACAUGUUGUGUACUGGGCCAACCAAUGGAGAAAACGUGUGUAUGGGUGACGCAGGAGGUGCUCUUGCUAUCAAAGAUCCUCAAAGUGGAGAUGUGUUUGAUAAACACAUCUCUUAUGAUAAAUCGUACAUGUCGACGCAUAUUGUCGUCACCCGGAGUUGGAGGCGUUGGCGGGGUCUGAAAGAAAGUUUCCGGAAUGGAGAAACCAUCAUUGCCAUCGCCGUCGUCAGGGAGAUCGUCACCAUUGAGAGCCACUUCGCAAACUACAAACUCCGUAUGGGCACCUGUGUCAUACUCCUCUCCCAGGGCAAAAAGGGGUUAUAA